AUGGGACACUCACGACGUCCUGCUGGCGGAGAGAAGAAGAGUCGAGGCUUCGGUCGGUCCAAGGCGGCUGCCGAUGUGGGCGAUGGGCGACAAACGGGGGGCAAGCCUCAGGUGAAGAAGGCCACUUUCGAGAGCACAAAGAAGAAGGAAAUUGGUGUUUCAGAUCUUACAUUGUUGAGCAAAAUCUCGAACGAGGCUAUCAAUGACAACCUGAAGCUGCGCUUUGAACAUGACGAGAUCUAUACAUAUAUCGGCCACGUGUUGGUGUCCGUCAACCCUUUCCAAGACCUGGGUAUCUACACCGACAAUGUUCUCCAGUCUUAUCGAGGUAAAAAUCGACUCGAAGUGCCCCCCCACGUUUUCGCGGUCGCAGAAUCAGCCUACUACAACAUGAAAUCUUACAAGGAUAACCAGUGCGUGAUUAUCUCAGGAGAGUCGGGUGCAGGAAAGACGGAAGCUGCGAAGCGGAUUAUGCAGUACAUCGCCAGUGUAUCCGGAGGCACUGAUUCGUCCAUCCAGCAUACCAAGGAGAUGGUGCUAGCUACCAACCCGUUGCUCGAGUCGUUCGGCAAUGCGAAGACCCUGCGCAAUAACAACUCCUCCCGGUUUGGAAAGUAUCUCGAACUGGAGUUCAACACAAACGGUGAACCAGUGGGUGCCAAUAUCACCAACUACUUGCUGGAGAAAUCCAGAGUAGUAGGACAAAUCACAAACGAGCGAAACUUCCACAUUUUCUACCAAUUUACCAAAGCGGCGCCGCAGAAAUAUAGAGAUUUGUUCGGCAUACAGCAACCGCAGUCAUACCUCUACACCAGCCGAUCGAAAUGUUAUGACGUCCCUGGCGUUGACGAUUCUGCUGAGUUCCGCGAUACUUUGAAUGCGAUGAACGUGAUUGGCAUGACGGAGGGUGAGCAGGAUGAUGUCUUCCGUAUGCUGGCUGCGAUCUUGUGGAUCGGCAAUGUUCAAUUUGCAGAAGACGAUUCCGGGAACGCCGUUAUUACGGAUCAGUCAGUGGUUGACUAUGUUGCGUACCUCCUGGAGGUUGAUGCUGCUCAGGUGAACAAAGCCUUUACCAUUCGGGUGAUGGAAACUGCUCGCGGGGGUCGCAGAGGGUCAGUCUAUGAGGUUCCACUCAAUACUGUCCAAGCUCUUGCUGUCCGUGACGCGUUGGCCAAAGCAAUCUACUUCAACCUGUUUGACUGGAUUGUGCAGCGUGUCAACGCCUCCCUGACUGCCAGAGGGGAGGUUGCGAACUCGAUUGGUAUUCUGGAUAUUUAUGGCUUCGAGAUCUUCGAGAAGAACUCCUUCGAGCAACUCUGUAUCAACUAUGUCAACGAGAAGUUGCAGCAAAUCUUCAUUCAAUUGACUCUCAAGGCUGAGCAGGAUGAAUACGCUCGCGAGCAGAUUCAGUGGACUCCCAUCAAAUACUUUGACAACAAGGUUGUGUGCUCGUUGAUUGAAGACAAACGUCCACCUGGUGUAUUUGCUGCUCUAAACGAUGCCUGUGCAACAGCGCACGCUGAUUCCAGCGCUGCAGAUAACACCUUCGUCGGACGACUCAACUUCUUGUCUCAAAAUCCCAACUUUGAGAACCGCCAGGGGCAGUUCAUUGUCAAGCAUUACGCUGGUGAUGUCAGCUACGCCGUGGCUGGAAUGACAGACAAGAACAAGGACCAGUUGCUGAAAGACCUUCUGAAUCUGGUCGGAACAAGCGGCAACCAAUUCGUCCAUACGCUCUUCCCCGAGCAAGUCAAUCAGGAUGACAAGAGACGUCCACCCACCGCCAGCGACAAGAUCAAGGCCUCGGCCAACGACCUGGUGGCAACCUUGAUGAAGGCCCAGCCCUCGUAUAUUCGGACAAUCAAGCCGAACGAUAACAAGGCGCCUAAGGAGUACAACGUCGGAAACGUUCUGCAUCAGAUUAAAUACCUUGGAUUGCAGGAGAACGUUCGGAUCAGACGUGCUGGUUUUGCUUACCGUCAGACAUUCGACAAGUUCGUGGAGCGUUUCUACCUUUUGUCGCCUAAGACGUCCUAUGCAGGUGAUUACACAUGGACAGGGGACGCCGAAUCUGGCGCUCGUCAGAUUCUGAAGGAUACCAGCAUACCCGCCGAAGAGUACCAGAUGGGAAUCACAAAGGUGUUUGUCAAGACUCCAGAGACGUUGUUUGCUUUGGAAGCCAUGCGUGACCGUUACUGGCACAACAUGGCCAUCCGAAUCCAGCGUGCGUGGCGAAACUACCUUCGCUAUCGUACUGAGUGUGCUAUACGCAUUCAGCGCUUCUGGCGUCGCACCACUGGCGGUCUCGAGUUCAUUAAGCUGCGCGAUCAGGGACAUCAGCUGCUCAACGGGCGUAAGGAGCGUCGUCGGAUGAGUCUGCUCGGUUCCCGCAGAUUUCUUGGUGAUUAUAUCGGGGUGGGCAAUAAAGGUGGACCCGGCGAGAUGGUCCGUAACGGUGCAGGCAUCAGCGGAUCAGAGGAUAUUCUCUUUUCAUGCCGUGGCGAGGUUCUGGUUUCGAAAUUUGGUCGGUCCAGCAAGCCUGCUCCUCGUAUACUAGUCUUGACCAACCGCCACGUAUACAUCAUAGCGCAAAACCUGGUCAACAAUCAGCUGGUCAUCUCGUCCGAAAGGACGAUUCCAAUCGGCGCCAUUAAGGCUGUCAGUGCCUCGAACUUGAAAGAUGACUGGUUUUCAAUUGUGGUUGGCAGUCCACAAGAGCCUGACCCUCUUGUCAACUGCGUGUUCAAGACGGAAUUUUUUACCCACCUGAACAACACGCUGCACGGACAAUUAAACUUGAAGAUUGCCGACCACAUCGAGUACAACAAGAAGCCGGGUAAAUUGGCCACCGUCAAGGUCGUCAAGGAUCCUGCUGUUGCCCGAGAUGACAGCUACAAGAGUGGUACUAUUCACACCGGUCCUGGAGAGCCUGCCAACUCGGUUUCCAAGCCAACCCCGAGGCCCAAGCAAGUCAGUGCGCGUCCGGUCACCAAAGGGAAGCUGCUCCGUCCUGGUGGCCCAGGAGGAGGACCUUCCAAGCUGGCGGCCAGACCGACUCCUGCAGCUCAACCCCUGCCCCGUGCCACACCGCAGCCUGCUGCACCUCAGCCAGCUGCCAGGGCUGUUCCUCAACCUGUUGCUGCCGUUGCUGCUUCUCACACUCGCACCGGUUCAACAGCUUCAGUGAGGGCACCGCCUCCACCGCCACCCGCGGCUGCACCUGCUCCGAAGAAGCCGACCGCAAAGGUUUUGUACGACUUCAAUAGCCAGCAAUCCAACGAGCUGUCAAUCAAGGCUGGUGAGAUUGUGCAGAUUGUUUCCAAGGAAGGAAAUGGUUGGUGGCUGUGCAUGAACAUGACGACUUCGGCGCAGGGUUGGACACCAGAAGCAUAUCUCGAAGAGCAAGUCGCUCCGACACCGAAACCUGCUCCUCCGCCGCCGCCACCAGCAGCUCCGAGGUCGACCCCAGCACCGGCGACCAACGGUGCCGCCGCGGCAGCCAAGGCCAAGCCUGCACCUCCCGCGCCUCCAGCGAAACGACCGAACAUGGCGGCACGCAAGGCAGUGCCCACGCCACCACCGGCUCCUCGCGACAGCGCUGUAAGCAUGAACUCUCACGACUCGUCUGGGGGUAGCGGUCGUGGAACACCCAACAGUAUGUCCAACGCAAGCUUAGCCGGUGGUCUUGCAGAGGCACUGAGGGCACGACAACAUGCAAUGCAAGGAAAGCAGGAUGACGAUGACGACUGGUGA